CUGCUCAGCAUGCAGUCAUACUUCAGUGUUGGUUUAAUAGGAAAUGCAACUGAAAUCUGGAGUGAAACUGAUGUUUGGAAAUAGGGCGGGAUCUUAUCGGGCGGGUUUAUGAAACUAUCUCUUCCACAGUCAGUUUACCUUACAGCCUUGGACACACACUAUUACAGGUAGGCUAUAAUAUAUAUGUUUGAAUGUAGAAGAAAUGUGCUACCUUAAAUGCUUAGCUAAAACCACUGCAAUGACCAUUUACAUUUCAAGUUUAAAAAACUUUUCAAAAUGUUUGACAGGUACUGCUGUGACAAAGAUGUUAAGGAUAAAAGUUUUGAUCCCAGGUUGCACCCUGCUUCUGCUGUUGACAUUGAAUGGUCUGCCUGUUCACUGCCAAGAUCAACAGCAAGGUAUGUGACAAAGGGACAAGAGUGACGUGUCACAGAACCUACAAGUUUGGCAUGGACAGUAAAGUGAGAAGAGGAAGUUAAAGGAUUAUCCAGCAGGUCGAAAAUAUACCUGAAUAUGUCUACAGAAAUCUAAUGUGUUAGCCUUGACUGGAUUUUUUACACAAACAAAUCUGUACAGUACAGAAGCCCCAAAAAGACAUAAUAAAUGCAUUUUUCCUCCUCCCUUUUCCAUGAUAAUGAGUUCAUUUCAGUUGUUUUCUCGAGAUCUUGAGUUAAUUUAGCUUAAUUUAGCUUGAAAAACUAAGUCUUCACAUUGUGGUCUGGGUAGUGGGGGACUUGGGGUGGCUGUGGCUCAGUAGGUAGAGCUGGUUGUGUCCCAGUCUGAAGGAGGAGGAUUCCAUCCCUGGAGUGCAUAUGAUCCUGAAUGAACAUUUGCAUUCCACUGUCACUGGCAACAUUGGUACCAAGUAAGACAAUGAGGAAAAGGCUGACUGCUUAUGUAGGCUAAAUGGCACAGUGUAAAGAGGAGGGGCUUGGUGGUUCGUCCUGACUGUCCCUGGUUUGGAGCCAGUCCUGUUGGAGAUCUGGAUACGCCACAGACCCUUGAGAUUAAAUGUCGUCUAAAGAGUGCCAUGUCAUUUACAGAGUAUUUUUGAUGGGCCAAGUUGCGACAUCAGAGAGAAAGUAGUGCUACUGGUAAAAGAUGGUGAGGUCAAAACAACCUAUGUCUUUAUGUUGAGAAAACAAAUGAGAUGGUCGGUGACUCCAGGAGGAUGCAGGCCCACCACCCUAUAUAAUACUUUAUGUUAUGUUAGAGAAAGGAUUUAGAUAUAUUGUAAAGAAAGCCGAUUUCAGAUACAAAUGAGGAUGGCUGGGCAUGUGCUGGUACUUCAGCCAUGCAGCUCUGAAUCACGCAGCAACCUCCAGUCUUGUACAAGGAAGUCUAUGAAGAAGUGCAAUGCAAUUGCAAGUGCCUGCUUGCGGCUGACAGCACACACUGUACAGAGAGCAUUUUUUAAAAAUAACAUUAAUUUCCGAGAUUUUAAGGUUUUAAGUUUGGAAAAUCAAAGGCAAAACUAACGUCAGUGACAGGCAGCAACCUCAUGUCCAUGUCUGUAGUUAGGUUGAGUCAGCAUUUCUCUUAUGGGGACUUCUGCUGAUGGGCUUCAAGGUAUACAAAUAUGCGCUGGGUAUAAGUACAUUUACAGACUUUUAUUUGUUACUCUUAGAUUAUGAGAGAAAACUUGGAUCAUUUUAACACUAAUGCCUUCCACAAACAUCUCUGUCUAAAUGAUUUUAAUAACAGAUACCUGUGUGUUUCAACUGUAGACUCUACAAAUCCAGGAGAGCUGAGACUGGUUCUUGUAGGAAAAACUGGAUCAGGGAAGAGUGCUUCUGGAAACACCAUCCUGGGCCAUGGAGAAGCCUUCAAAACAGACAUGUCACCUGAGUCUGUGACAACAGGCUGUCACAGACAAGAGGUAGAACAUGUUGGGAGGAAAAUUGUGGUUAUUGACAGCCCAGGCCUGUUUGAUACCAGCAAAUCAACAGAAGAUGUGAAAAGAGAGAUCGAGGGGUGCAUUAAACAGUCAGUCCCUGGACCCCAUGCUUUUCUGUUAGUGAUUAGUCUGAAAGCACGAUUCACUGAAGAGGAGAAAGCAUCUGUGAAGUGGAUUCAGGAUAAUUUUGGCAAAAAAUCCCCAAUGUACACAAUUAUCCUGUUCACACAUGCUGACCUGCUAGAGGACAAAUCUGUGAAAGAGUUUGUGGCCAAGAGUGAACCUCUACAAAAACUAAUCAAUGACUGUGGAGGUCGAUACCACUCACUCAUCAACAACAAAAAACAAAACAGAACCCAGGUUCUCCAGCUUGUAGAGAUGAUUGACUCAAUGGUAGAGUUCAAUGGAGGAACCCACUACACCAGUGAGAUGUACCAGAGAGCUCAGAAGGAACUUGAGGAGCAGAGAAGAAGGGAGGAAGAAGAGGAGGAAAGGAGAAGAAAAGACAAGGAAGAAAAAGAGCAAAAGAAUGCUAGAUGUAAAUAUUUGCUUUCAGGUUUCAUGGGAAUUUUUAUGACAAACCCUUUUAUCCAGUCAACUCUUCUUGCCGCAGUGGGUGGUGCUCUCGCACGAGAUGUUCUUGAUUGCAUCCAAAAUGUGUGGAUGUAGUUCUUAUGACAAAAGAAAGAUGUCAUUAAUUAACAGAUGAAACCCUAAGAGGGUAAAACCUUUCUCUUGGAUGUCUCUGAAAAUCACUGUUAAAUGAAAUACCUGAUUGUAACAGGGGAUAAGAAAUACAUAUACAUGAUUUUUGCUCAAUAUGAAUAGGGCUGGCUACACAAUGUUUCAAUAAAUCCUGACCUUCAGCACUUCUCAUCA